CGGGUGGACAUCCGUCAGUGUGGGGUCCUAGGCCGGCGGGGACGAGGUGGGCUGGGCUGACCCAAGACGGGGUCCCCGUGGGCAUCAAGCCGGGCACAGAAGACCCUCCCAGCAUGCCCAAGGCUUGACCCAUCACUCAAAUUGUUACAGACAUCAUGUGGGCACUGAGCAGCGGCUGCGGGACAUCUUGGCUGAGCCUCUUUCUAGCCGGUGAGAGAUUGGGGUUCAAUUGGAUCUUGAUUUCGUGCUUCUUUGUGGCUCACUCGCAAGACACCAAAAUCGUGAACAUCAGCGUUGUACUCCUCCCGGAGUUCUCAAUGGUUGGAGACUCCGUUACAAUCAUCCCAGAGACAACGGAGCGGGACGUGACCUCCUGCAUGUGGUUCAGGAGUUUUGAGGGCAAAUACUAUCCGAUCAUCUUUAAACAGUUCAAGCCCGACGAGAGGGUCAUGAGGGGAGAUGGCUAUGAUGGGAGGCAGUUCCUUAGGGAGAACUGCGCCCUGCGCAUCACUGAGCUGGACAUCGCAGACAUGGCAAUCUACAUGAUCAUCAGGAACACCACCAGCAAGACUGAGGCUGGAAAAGUAUUCCUGCGGAUCCUGCGAGACAGUAAAGUGGUCACUCCUAGUCCAGUUCCACACAAACUAGAGCCAAAGGUCAUCACUGUGGGCACCAUGGCGGGCAUCAUCGUCGGCUGCCUGAUCGGGUCCGUCUUAAUCGUAGGCCUGAUCACGUACCAGACCAUGAAACAAUCAGAAAGGAAUAACUUGGGUUCUGGAGAAGGUAGAAGCCCUCAUUCAUCAUCAAAACCUGGGAGCCAGCAGAGACUAAGCAUUCAUAACCUUGGACCUGUACCUGCACCCCAGUGAAAUCAGCCCAGGUGUCCGACCUGCAUCCCACCUGGAAUCCAACUGGACCCCAUGGACUUUCCUCCCGAGACCCAAAGAAGACGGAAAAGAAGAAGAAGCUCUAUCUUCCAGGAUCACCUCCCAAACGUCUUGACCAUCCUUUGGACCCAUCCAGGUCCCUUGUUGCCCGGAGAGAAAGACAAACCCAUUAUAUAUCCACGGAUGGAAUAAAAACCUCCAGUGUCCACCA